ACACGACCGUCGCCUUCAAACAGGACCGUUCUGUCCCGCAUCUCAAUACUCCACAUUAGAGGGGAAAGAAGGGCCACGAACGAUUUCAAAGGGGUUAUACACGUCAGAGGUGUAUGUGCUUAGUCGGCCUGCUAGACUAUCCAUAACGGCGUUUUCGCUUCAUGUCGCCAUUCGUUGACUCGUAAAGACCUCCAUCUUCUAGCAUCUUGUGGAGUAUCGAGGGAAGCCCAAACGACCAGACGAGGACACCUGCACAGCUUGCUUCCUCUUAGGUUGUGAAAGAGACCCACGAAAAGGUACCCUGGACAAACCACGAGAAUGUCGCCCGAAGUUAUCCUCCCUACCCCACCGGCAACGCCACCAACGCAUCGCAAAAGCUCAACGACAAGUCUGAGCGGUGUGGACAAAACGAAAGAAGCCAUACAGUCACCUGCCCGCAAGUCGGUCACAAAGCCGGCUCCCUUACACCCCGGCCUACCCACCGAAAUAUGGAACCAUGUCUUCUCUCUGCUAGCCAGCCAGCCUGCGAACCUUUACCCGCUCCUGACGGUCUCAAAGACAUGGUACCCGCAGGUCGAACGUCAGCUAUACCGUCUCGUCACGUUCACGUCGAUGAAGCAGAGGAGCUCGUUUUUCGCGGGCAAGCUGGGCCCGCAGAACCCGGAGAUUGCAAUGGAGAUGCAGUGGUUGUCGGGCAAAUUGGAUCAGCUAGCUUUGUAUCCUAGUGUUGUGCAGGCGGCGGAAGUUUCGAUCCCGGGUGCGUCGACGGGGGUGAUCAAGGGGAUUGACUUUGGGUUCAGAGCACUGGCGCCGGUUUCGAUCCCCUCUGUCACGCCGACGCCCACUCCGGUGUCAUCGGGAACUACGACACCAACAUCCUCGCCGACUCUUGGCCCGCAGUCAGUGCCCAACAGCGUGGCAUUGGCCGCGGACAUGAUACUCAACAGCAGCUCCCUUGGCGCUUCCCCAACCCCGAAUCCGACGCCAUACGGGGCAUGGCCGCACAGAUCCGUUGGGCCUUUGCUCGUGCUUCUUUCCCUGAGAUGCCCGAACCUGACGUAUUUGGGUCUGUCGGGUUGUCAGUUCGACGAGUAUUCGUUUGAAGAGGCGAUUGUUCGUCUGCCGAAUCUCAAACAUCUGGACUUGUCGUGUUCUAACCUGAAGAAUCGUGGAAUGAAGGCGAUUGCGAAAUGCCCGAAUCUCACUACCCUUGACCUUUCAGGUGUCUUCAGAUUCCGUCGCCACAACACAUCCUACCUAAAACUCAUCCUCAUCCACUGCACGCAACUGACAACCCUCACUGUCCGCCAGUGCCCCGAUCUCUAUGAACCCCUCCGCGAAGAACUCGCCCGUCUCCGACCCACGGUUACCAUCGUGUGGUCCGGCCUCGACAUCGAUGCAAAGGAGGCCUUGGGCAACGUCGUUGAGGAGCAAUAACCGCCUUCUUUCUCGUUCGGUCUACCGGUAGUCGGCGUAUACAUAGUUCUUUCCAUAUAACACAGUACUUGUCGUACAUCUUUGCAUAUAGCUCGUCAUCUCUCUGUACAACAUAUCCCCGCAUCUAGCCUGUACCCCCUUUGGCGUAUAUACUCUUUUCAUUAGCGCUUUUCAAAUAUAGAAGAUCCAGAUUGCAUUACAU